UGGACGCAGAUGCUGCUGAGCUUGAACUGUAGAAUUUAGAACAGGACAGUGUAGGCUGGUGGCUCGUGGGUGGCUUUUCACCCACACGCAAUACUUUUCGUCUCUCUUUCUUCUAGUGUUGUUCUUUUUUAUUGAGUGAUACCGAACUGUGAAAAAUAUGACUUUCCGACGUGUAAUGAAGCUGAAUUCAAACGAACCGGACAGCGGAUCCUUGUGUCAUGAGAGUGGAGAUAUCUAUUUUCCGUCUUCCAAAUCGGACAGCUGUGGGACUGUGGAUCGUGGACCCUCCAACUCUGAAGUUUAUAAUUAUAAAACCCUCGCCUACUCUGGAGGGACCCUACCGAGGAGCUUUAGAAAGAAUGGUGGGCUGCAGAAAUGGAAGCCCCUCACUCAGUCACCAGAACCGCAAACGAAAACAGUAAUUCUGGAGAAAAAAGAGGAAGAGGCCUUUGGCUUUGAGAUCCAGACAUAUGGGCUUCAUCAUCAGAGUGAGAAAUCGGUGGAGAUGUGCACCUUUGUUUGCAAAGUCUACGAAGACAGUCCUGCCCAGCUCGCUGGCCUUAAAGUUGGGGACACAAUUUCCAGUGUGAACGACACCCCAGUGGAAGGGUUUCGUCAUAAAGAAAUCGUUCAACUCAUUAAAUCAUCAGGAAACAACAUUAGGUUAGAAACGUUGUAUAGCGACUCUAUAAGAAAAGCGGAAUUGGAAGCCCGACUCCAGUAUCUAAAGCAAACCCUUCAUGAGAAAUGGGAUGAAUACAGAUCUCUAAUGGUACAAGAGCAGAGACUUGUACAUGGCAUCGUCAUGAGUGACGUGGCAGUGUACGAGUCUCUGGAGUCAGCCGGUGUGUAUGGUAGUCUGGGAGCUCCAAGUCCUGCUACCCUGCGGGCAUUACUCGGCACCGGCAGCACAAGCAGCAGCAUCAGCCAUCUGAGUGCCGCCACAGCUGAAGAUGACCCGCUCUACCAAACCUGCAUCUUCCAGGGCGGCUGCUCCAACAACGGCAGCAACAGUGCCAGCAAUGACGAGCUUGACACAAAUCAAGAGAAGAGUCAGGGGGGUCGUCAACGGCACAUCCGUCCAGCCAGCGAGCUCUUUGCUUCAGCUAAGACAACGCUGACUCGCAGUGCCAGUACGCGCAGCUAUCUGAGGGACUCCACGUCAUCGUCUUCAGUGCCGAACAAAGAGAAGCAGCAGUGUGGAGGGUUUAGCACACUGCAACGUAAACACAAACAGAAGAGCUUCAGAAGAAAACUGUUGAAGUACAUUCCUGGACUAAACCGACCCCUGGAAGAGGAGGAAAGCAAACUCUGAGAGAACUGAGAUUCAGAGACUCGUUCAGCCAAACACUUUAAAUGUUUAACACGGGUGAAAUGCAUCCAAAACCAUACAAAUAUAAGACCAAAAGGCCAAGAUAAACCAAAGAAUCCAGUGACAUCAAAGUGAUGAUAAAUCAGGUUUUAAGUCAAUAAUAAUGUUUAGGGUUUUUGUUGUGUGUUGCUUUUGUAAAAGAAUCCAGUGACAUUAAAGUCAUACUCCGAAAAAGAUAAAUCAGGUUUUUAGUCAAUAAUAGUGUUUGUUUUCUGUAUUUAUUUUUUUCGUAAAAUAAUCCAGUGACAUCAAAGCGAUAUUCGGCAAAAGAUAAAUUAAGUUUUAGGUCAAUAAUAGUGUUUUGGCUAUCUUUUUUUUUUUUUUUUUUUUUUUUUUUUUUAAGAAUCCAGAGACAUCAAAGUGAUACUCGGUAAAGGAUAAAUUGGGUUUGCAAGUCAAAGUUUUUUUUUUUUAUUAUUUUGUAUUUUUUUUUAUGCAAUACACACUCAACCCUGUCCAUCUUAGAUUCACUGUUCAUUUGCUGGAGUGUUCAGUUCUAGAAAGACUAAAAACGAAACUUUAUUUGAGAGAAAAAAAGUGUUUUUGGCUUGGUGUUUUUUUGUUUUUUUGUGUCAUUCAGUUCUAAUGUCAGUAAGUUCGGUUGUAAUUUUCAGUGUGCCAAAAGUUUCGUCCUGGUGUUUAAAAUUUAAAUAAAAAAACAAACAAAAUAUGUCCUGAAUUAUUUGGUCAAAUCUAAUAUUUAUGUAUAAUGCUUCAGGUCUGUUUAAAUUGCUGAGAGUAGACAUGGAUGUACUACUUUUUGUUGCUGGAAUAUUGUUUAAAAUACUAUAGCAAAUAAUAUAACAUCAAAAUGUCUGGGGACAACAAAAACAACAAAUGUGUCUUAAUAUCUUUGCCCACUCCACAAUCUCAGUUGUUAACAUUGUCUAACAACUUUAUUUCUUGGUGCACAUUUUGCAUCUUUCUUAAAACAAGAAGUAAAUGUUUGUAAAUAUGUUUAGUCAUGUUAAGUUAUUUAUUUAAUUUGUUUUCAGUUUUUGUGGAGCUUUUGUUAUUUGUUAAGAUGUACAAAAUAAAGGAUUUUUUACUUGAUCAUAUGUAUGUGAAAUUAGUAAAUACUUUUGGUCCUGAAGGAUAUUUAAUGAGCGCCUUUUUGGCAUGUCUGCAUACGUGACUUCUAUUUUUGGAAAUAUUGACUGAAAAUAAAAGGAUGUUAUUUCUUUUUCCUCAUA